AUGAAUAGAAAAUUUGAUGACGAUGAUGAUGACUUAACUCCCAUUGACUUACCACCAACUUAUGCAGAAGCAACUAGUACUGGUGGAAGUUAUGCCCCUACCCCACAACCUAUUCCACCACCUCCAAGAAGAAAUCCCGCACCACCCCCAAGAACGAAUCAUCCACCCCCACCACCACAUGCUCAUCACUCUCAAAGACCACCACAACCACCACCACCACAAAGACCAUCUCCAGUUACCAAUAACAAACCUUCAACCGAGAGCUUAUAUACUGGGAAUAGUAACUUACCAUUUGGAUUUCCCAAAGGGUAUCUUUGUCAAAAAUGUAAAAAUACCGGAUAUAAAAUCAAAAAUGGAGAAGUAUGUCGAAAUUGUUGGGAUAAAUUCUAUUUAAAGACCCAUGCAUAUAAUCCAAAUCCUUCAUUACCUUUUAAAUUCCCUAGAAAUUAUUAUUGUAAGAAAUGUAAUAAUACUGGAUAUAAGAAAAAGAAUGGUGCAACAUGUAAAGAAUGUUGGGCAUUAUAUAGUCCAAGAAAUAAUUAUAGUUCAGUUCGGACAACUUAUCAACCCUCGUAUUUCGGAAGUACGACGUUCAUACCUGCUGGCAAUGGUUUUAUGAAUACUUCAGUGAUGUCGACAACGACAACUACCAUGGCUCCUCCUAUGCGAGUGCCACCGGGAGAUCCUCGAUUAGGAGGGGUUGUAUGUGGGAAUUGUCGAGGAUCAGGAAUGGUUAGAUUUCUUUUGGAUAUGGAAUUAUGUCCUGUAUGUGCGGGAUUGGGUAGAUUGGUUAAUGUUCCAAAUAGAGUACCUGUACCUCCACCUCCUCCACCUGCGCCAGCUACACCUUAUUAUUAUUAUGGAAAGAGAUAG